UGCAUUUAAUCCACGGUUUCCAAUGAACAAAGCCAGGAUUAACAGCUUCUGCCGUGAAACCGAAGCCAAGAAAGCUUGCGAGUGGCUGCGAGCGGCAGGAUUCCCUCAGUAUGCCCAGCUUUAUGAAGACUCGUUGUUCCCUCUUGACAUCGGCGCUGUGAAGAAGGACCACAGCUUCCUGGACCAGGACUCCCUCAAAUCCCUGUGCAGGAGGCUGAUGACCCUGAACACAUGUGCCUCCAUGAAGCUGGAAGUUCACUUUCAGCGUAAACAGAAUGAAGACUCCGAGGAGGAAGACCUGUGUGCCAUCAGUGACCGGUGGGCUUUUCAGAGGGACAGCAAGAGGUGGUCCCGGCUGGGGUCCGUCGACGUCCUCUCUCAGGGCUCCGAGGUCCUGAGCCUCACCAUGCGGCCGGUGUCCAGCCAUGAGAGCGUCCUGACGGACCUCAGCACCAACCCGGAGGCCGUGUCCCUGCACAGCAGCGGCAGCACGGGCAGCACGGGCGGCACGCUGGGCAUUGGGGCCGCACCGCCCGACCCCCCGUCCCCCAUCCAUGCUGCCGCCACCAUCGCCACCUCCAGCCGCAGCUUGAGUGAGCACUCCUUGCCGGAGCAGCCCUCGAGCCGUGGCGAGGGCUCCAAGGAGAAGCCGAAGAAGCGACGGUCUCGCAGCUUCCUGAAGAGGAUCGAGUCCCUCCGAAGGAAGGACAAAGAGAAAGCCAGCCCAGAUGAGAAGGUGGCCCCACACGGCAGCAUCACAGCCACGCCAGGAUGGGGCUCCCUGAAGAGUAACGGGGACCUUGCAGCCACCAAGGCCAGCUCCUCUAAAAGAGGGAUAUCUGCCUCUUUCCAUGGCAAAAACCACUUCUUCUCGGUAUCGUACAGGACUAACCGCUUGCUAGGCUCAGGUGGGAGCAAGGUGAGCUCUGACCCAAAAUGCAGCGGAGUCUACCUGGAGGACUACGAAACGGCUGUGACAGGCAGCGGCGACUGGGCUGCUGGAGGGUGCCAGCACCGGCAGGCGCGCCGGGGGGACUGCUUGGUCUACAUCCCCCGGGACCACAAGCCAGGCACCUUCCCCAAAUCCCUCUCCAUCGAGAGCCUGUGUCCCUUGGGUGGCAGCUCUCUGACCCACUGGAAAUCGGGGAACGCGCCCGUCGGGCUGGUGGGAGGUGGCGGGGGUGGCAGCAGCAGCAGCAUGGAGGGCUCGUCCUCCCCGCGGGGCUUCGCCUGCCGCCGCCGGCGGGGCUCCUGCAGCUCCCUGGGCAGCCGGGUCAGCGUGUACGACAACGUGCCGGAGUUCGGCAGCAGCGAGGAUUUCUGCAAGGAGGACGGGGAGGUGACCUACGAGAACCUCGACGACAUACUGCAGCACAUGUGGGGGCUGCAGCAGAAGGUGGAGCUCUGGUAUAAAGCCAUCUCCCCCGACCUGGCUGGGGAGGAAGGGGGCGAGGAGGAGGAGGAGUCGGACUCAGGAGGGGAACCCUCUAACCUGCACUUUGAAGAGCGGUCCAUGUCGGAUGUCGGCACCUCUGCCAGCGACUUUGACAGCACAGGCAACUCCCUCAACGAGGCCGAAGAGAUCGAGAUGCGGGAGCGCCGGGAUUCGGGAGUGGGAGCAUCACUCACCAGGCCCUGCAGAAAGCUGCGUUGGCACAGUUUCCAGAACUCGCACCGGCCCAGCCUGAACUCUGCCUCCCUGGAGAUCAACCGCCAGUCCUCUGCCCAGCUCAACCUGCUCCAGAAGUGCUCCCUGCUCCGUCUCACGGCCAUCAUGGAGAAGUACUCCGUGCCCCACAAGCAAGCCUGGACAUGGACUGUGCCCAAGUUCAUGAAGCGGAGUAAAGUCCCCGACUACCGGGACAAGAUGGUCUUCGGGGUGCCGCCCAUCAUCAACGUGCAGCGGACGGGGCAGCCCCUGCCCCAGAGCAUCCAGCAGGCAAUGCGCUACAUCCGCAGCCAGUGCCUGGACCAGGUUGGCAUUUUCCGAAAGUCUGGGGUGAAGUCCCGGAUUCAGGCGCUCCGGCACAUGAACGAAACCAGCCCCGACAACGUCAACUACGACGGGCAGUCUGCGUACGACGUGGCUGACCUGCUGAAGCAGUAUUUCCGCGACCUGCCGGAGCCCAUCUUCACCAGCAAGCUGACAGACACCUUCCUGCAGAUCUACCAGUUCGUGUCGAAGGAGCAGCGGCUGCAGGCGGUGCAGGCGGCCGUUAUCCUCAUGCCGGAUGAGAACCGGGAGGUGCUGCAGACCCUGCUCUACUUCCUGAGCGACAUCGCCUCUGCGGAGGAGAACCAGAUGACCGCCGGGAACCUGGCUGUGUGCCUGGCCCCCUCCAUCUUCCACCUCAACGUGUCCAAGAAGGAAAGCACCUCGCCCAGGGUGAUACAUAAGAGGGGCACCAUGGGGAAGCCUGACCAGAAGGACCUCAGUGAGAACAUGGCUGCGACGCAGGGGCUCUCCCACAUGAUCACCGACUGCAAGAAGCUCUUCCAGGUCUCCCACGACAUCUUGCUGCAGCUGAGCAGCUCCUAUAUGGCAGCAGAUGCUUACCCUCAUCCCCUGACUGACUUCGUGUGUCAGGGGGAGAGCAAGGAUUUACACUCCUACUUCGAGCAGAGUGUCCAGAACCUGCUCAAAGAGUCAUCGGAGAAAUUCAAGGGGUGGCUGAGCACCCCAGGGCCCCUGAACACAGAGCUCUCCUGCAAAAAGGUUGGGGACGGGCACCCUCUGCGCUUGUGGAAGGUCUCCACAGACGUCGAGGCCCCUCCUGCCACGGUGCUGCACCGGGUGCUUCGGGAGCGUCACCUCUGGGAUGAGGACCUGCUGCAGAGCAAAGUGGUGGAGGCCCUGGACAAGAACAUGGAGGUCUACCACUACGUCACGGACAGCAUGGCACCCCACCCGCGCAGGGACUGCGUGGUGCUCCGGCGCUGGUGCACGGACCUGCCGCGGGGAGCCUGCCUGCUCAUCUCCAUCUCGGUGGAGCACGACAAGCUGCCGGUGGAGGGAGGCGUCAAAGCCGUCGUGCUGACGUCGCAGUACCUCAUCGAGCCCAGCGCCGUGGGCCGCUCCAAAGUGACCCACAUCUGCAGAGCUGACCUCAGGGGCCGGUCUCCCGAGUGGUACAACAAGGUCUUUGGUCACCUCUGCGCCAUGGAGCUGGCGAGGAUCCGAGACUCUUUCCCAGCCCUGAGUCCCAAUGGCCCUGAGACGAAGAUCUGAGGCGCAAGGAAGAUGCUCUGUCCUGUCUGACGAGGACUUGCCAGCGGAUCUGGGCUGGGGCUCUUGGAGAGGAGCACAGCAUAGGCAGCCGGCCAUGGAGGGGGAAGCCGAGGCUGGCGUGCUCACAGGCACAUAUUUAUAAGCGUCCUUUUACCCUGGGCUGGGCAUUCCCCAUCCCACCGUCUCGGUUGCUGCUUCAGCUGCCCCUUGCUCAAGCGUGCUGCGCAGCAGGUUCGAAGCCGUACAGCCCACGGACUCUGCAGGAGGGGUUGGUGAGCAGAGGGAAAGCGAGGGGCUGUGGGGGUGACCCCCCGGGAAGGCAGCCUGCGGGCAGGGCUGGGAAGCAGCUGGCUCAGGUUGAGCUGGGUCCCCCCGUGCGAGCCGGGAGCAGCCGCGGGGUGAGGGUGCGUGGAGCGAAGCAGGAGGGCUCGGGAGAAGCGAGCGGGGAGGACGGUGCCGCGUCCGCAGGUUGCAGCGCUGUGUC